UUCUCCGGCCCUCGUGCGGCUCUGAAGUUGGCGUCGCUGGCCUUUGGGCGAGGAGCAUGGCGUCCAGUCCCGCACCGCUACUGAGCCUGGGAUUCUACAUUAUCCUUGAUCUGUCUAGCGCUGCUGUCUUGAACAGCAUAGCCUCGGAGCCCAUCAACCAUAAUGAAUCCUUCUCUUGUCUACAAGGACUUCACUACUGCGAUAGCUAUGACGAGGAUGAUAAGAAAUGCUGUGAUAUCAAUGAGUGCAGUGGGCCUAACAAAGUGGAAUGUGGAAGACAUACCACGUGCACUAACACUAAUGGGAAUUACUACUGCAGCUGCAUAGACGGAUUCUACUCCAGCACGGGGAAGAAAUUCUUCAUGAAUGCCACUGAGGCCACAUGCAGUGAUAUUGAUGAGUGCCAAGAGCGUAACAAAUGUGGAAAUAACACUGAGUGUGUGAACACCCCUGGGAGCUACACCUGCCAUUGCAAAGCAGGAUUCCAGAAAGACUUCAAGAAUGCCAGUGUGGUCAUAUGCAAUGACAUUGACGAGUGCCAGCAAAAUGCCUCCAUCUGUGAACCCAAUGGAAGUUGCAUCAACACAAUAGGGGAUUACCUGUGUAAAUGCAAGCCGGGAUUUGGGAAGAGCUCAAAGGACGAUAGAAAGAUAUGCAAAGAUAUUGAUGAGUGUGCCACUAAGCCUUGCAGUGAAGGUGCCAGUUGCAAGAACUAUCCAGGGGGAUUCUGGUGUCAAUGUCUGCCUGGAUAUAUCAGCUACACUGAAGCUAUCCCUGGGAGUAAACCAAAGAGCAGUUGCAAGCCAUUCUCCUGUUCUGCAUCUUCAAGCAAUAAUUGUUCAGAUGGACAGACAUUCAUCUGCAACUUUACAGGACAAUUGGAUAGCAUCUGCAAUUCAUCAUGGAGUGCACAGAACCAUAGAGAUAAAGAGAUACUCCUGAAGGAUAUGCUGCAUCUGCUGGAUGAACAAGUGAGCUCAUCUGCACUGAAGAGUGAAAGCAAGGAGGAAAGACACCACAAAGUCACUGAACUGAUGAGAGAGGUAGAGUCCUGGCUCCGGCAUUUUUCAGCCACCCUGGCCAACACGUCCAUAAGCAUUGAGUCCAGCAAAGGCACAGAGCUGGACAUGGAGAUCAGAACAGCUGGAAACCUCAGACAAAGCUCCGUGUCACUGCUGCAGAACGAAACACAAAUGGAGUUAAGCUGGAAUGUUUCAAACAGAGAAGACAAAGCCUUCAGUCUGAUAGGCCUGCUCACAUAUCAGAGCCUCGGGCCUCUUCUGACUGGAGCUCGUAUUGAGGGGAGCGAACGGGAGGCACGCCAACCCAGCUAUGAAAUAAUACUGUCCAAGGUGGCAGCAGCUUUUAUAGGCCAUGAAAACACCAUGUCCUUGAACAUCUCCGUGAAUUUUACUUUCAACCAUACAGAAGCUGUACCUGCCAACUUCAGUUCCUCCUCCAGCAGAAAACUUGAACAGAGGUUGAUUUGUGCCUUCUGGGAGCCUGUCAAUCAGAGCUGGUCUACAGAAGGCUGUGAACUCAUGGAAACAAAUGGCAACAGCACCCGCUGCAAGUGCGACCAUCUGACCAGCUUUGCUGUGCUUAUGGCCUUCUAUGAGGUGGAGGACCCGGGACUGGAGGUCAUCACCAAGAUUGGGCUGAUUUUCUCCCUGAUCUGCUUGUUCCUGUCCAUCCUCACCUUCCUGUUUUGUCGCUCCAUCCGAGGCAUCCGCACCACCAUCCACCUCCACCUCUGCCUGACACUCUUUGCUGCCCAUGUCAUCUUCCUGGUGGGUGCUGGGAACACUGUCAAUAAGACAGCAUGUGCAAUAGUGGCUGGGCUGCUGCACUACUUUUUCCUGUCUGCCUUCUGCUGGAUGUUACUGGAAGGUGUGGAGCUGUACCUGAUGGUUGUUCAGGUCUUCAGAACCCCCAGUCUCAAGCACUGGCACCAUAUGCUCGUGGGAUAUGGUGUCCCAGCGGUCAUGGUGGGCAUCGCAGCGGCCAUCAACCACCAGGGCUACGGCACAGAAAAACACUGCUGGCUCUCAAUGGAACAUGGUUUUCUAUGGAGCUUCUUGGCACCUGUCUGUCUCAUCAUCCUGAUCAAUUCCAUUGUCUUUGUGGUUACUAUCUGGAAGCUUACUAAGAAAUUUGCUGACAUCAAUCCUGACAUGAAUCAACUGAAAAAGCAAAAGGUGCUUGUGAUCACAGCCAUUGCUCAGCUCUGUAUUUUGGGCACCACCUGGAUCUUCGGCAUGUUUCAGUUCAGUGAUCACAGUCUUGUCAUGUCCUACAUCUACACCAUCCUCAACAGCUUACAGGGACUCUUCAUCUUCGUCCUGCAUUGCCUGCUCAAGAAACAGGUGCGUGAUGACUACUGCCGACUGUUUUGCCAGCGCGGAAGUGGCAAGCCCCAGAGUAGUGACAAGUAUUCAGAGUUCAAUUCUACAGCAACUUUCAACACAUUGCGGCCACAGAAGUCUUCUCAAGAAUCUGGAAUAUAGCAAUUGCUCCUGAAACAUGUUCCAAAAUUGCAGCUUUGCACAUGAGAAAUACAUCCCAUCAUUCCAGUAGCCUUUUUGCUGGUGGAGCUACACUGCUACAGGCCCGCUGCAGCAAGGACGAUAAAACUGCAUGGAGGCUGCCAAGAGCCUGUGUAGGAUCCUACAAAGGCGGGUUCAAGAACUGGACCAAUAGUAUUAAGCUGAUGUUGCUACCGGACAGAUGCUGCCUCUGCAGAAAACUUCUUUCUUCUCUGUGCUGGUACAAAGAGACUCGUCUCCCAGCUGAAGCAAGUCUAUAAAAACAAGGGUACUUGUGCACAUGACACUUUCAGAGACCCUUUCAAGAGAGAGCAUUUGGUGCCAGUUGGGUACACGGACCCUGUGCAUCACAUGCUGGUAUUGGCUGAUCAGAAAUUUGAAUUUUGCAUAGAUGGCACACACAGCCACUGGAAUUGUAGAGCAAGUAGAGUUUAUCUCCCUAGUCACUCCAUGCUCUUCAGAGACUGCUCCACAGGCUUCUGUACCAUAACCAACUACUAUAAAUUCUUUUCCAACUGAGUUUCUAGAGUGGUAAUUAUCCAGUUGCAGCAAGGAAACUUUCAGUACUUGAAAAUCUGUACCUCUGGUAUACUUUUGGCUUUUACUCCUUAUGCCCGUGUGCAUAUAUGUAACGUUAGGUGCAAAACACACUUCAUACUGCUGAUGUACUAGGCACUAAUUCCCCAAAGCUUGUGAUGCGAUACUUCUGUCAGCUUCUCUACAUUCUAAAUCUCACGCAUUUGCUCUUAAGCAUGAAUCCACAAUUGUUCAGUGCAGCACCAAGCAGUCUAGUUAAGGAGAAAUAUAUUCUACAUACAGCACGUCCCUGUGUGGAAGGACAAACAUUGACCAGAAAUGGGAGGUGUGCCCCUACCAUAUCACAGCUUUGGCACACAGCUUCACUGGAUUGUUGCUAGUAGCCCUGAACCUAAUUGACCAACUUUUUUUUUAGUAUGAUUCCCUCACUGGCUAAAGGUCAGCCAAAACGGAGGCUUCAUGGAGGUGGAAAACCACUCUGGGAGCUGUGUUACAUAAUUCAGCAAUUAUCUUCUGCGCUGAAUACUUCUGGCAAACAUCUAGUUUUGUUAUGUUAUGUUAGUUAUGUUAAACGCACAUAGCAUUUAAUACUUUCUCCCUAUACAUUCACAACCCAAAGUAGAAAAUCCAUGUCUGGGCUGUAUUAUUUCAGAGCAGGAACUAUGAUUGUAUGAAGAGCUAUUAAUUGAAAAGCCAGUAGAAAACAAGAUGUUUGGGAGAAGUGUUCUGUGACAUUGAACCAUCUAUCUGAAUCAUAAGCCUCUAAAUCAGUGGUACACACAUUUGCAGUUACUAUCAACCUAAAGAGCCUCAUUUACUUUCCCUGGCAUGAGGCUUUCAAGCUCACCCAUUUCUUAGGUGGUGGCUGUUUCAAGGUGGGAGCCAUGCGCCAACCAAAAGCCCUGCUUGCUUUAUUGAAACAGUGGAGAGUGGUCAGCAGAGCCACAUGUGGCUUUCCCGGUACAGUCCCAGUGCUCUAGAUACUGUCUGUAGUACCACCCUGCCCUAUGCUUACCACCACAGCCAGAACUAGGCCUUUCAGAAAAUACAGCAAGACAAGACUGAACAGCUUCAGUUAACUAACAAUUUAAGCUUUAAUUCGAUUUGCAUGUCUCCAGAUUAAAUUUAGGAAGGUGAUGAUGCACAACGUAAGAGAAACUCCAAGCUGUUUCACAGCCAACAUGUCUUAUUUGGGUUCAAGGAUGAAAUAGGUGUCAGUCUGCAAGACCUGAGCAAAGCUGUUAAUGAUAGGAUGUUUUGGAGGUCAUUAAUAUGGUUGCUGUACGUUGGAAGCAAACUGCUAUCACUUAAUACAGAGACAGGAAACAGAUGAGUGUCAGCAUUCUGAAUGGUGUUUAUAUGAAUGCUAGUCAUGUGAAAUUAGUUAAAACAGAUACAAUACACAAAUGCAUCCUGUGUUUUGUGCCACAUACCCAGGCCCAAAUUAAAUGGCGUCAAGUGGGGUACAGGUAACUCUUCACUUGCCCUCUGACAUGCAGCAGCAACUGUUGCAGACAGCAGUCAUAUGCUGGUAAUGUGGUUGUCUACAUGUUGCAUAUUCUGCCCUUGAACUGUACCUAUAAACAUCUUAGCAUUCUCAUUGUAAGGCUACGAGAGGUAAACACCAGUUUCCCUAACACCAACAGUCCACACAAUACUUUUUAUUAGGACCAAUCAAAUGCCAUGUAAUGGUGAUCUGGAGUAAAUUUUCCACCAAUUCCCUUACAGCUUGGGGCCCCUCCACAGACCCAAUUUUCCUUUUACGCUGUUCUGCAGGAUCCAGUCUACAAUUUUGGGGAGAUCAGUGGGCUGCAAAGUAUAGGGGAGGCAAGACCAAUCUGUUUUUCGCCUUGCAGUAGAAAAUGUACUCUGGAUCCAGCCUACUGUGUGAAAGCCUAAAUUCUCCAGGUGGUUUAAUCAGGCUAAUGUUACAAAAAUUUAAAAAGUGUAAGGGGUUUUUUUGGUGGUGAAGGGACUGCAUCUUUGGACAUGUUAAAUCCUGCACUUUGUACUGAAGAGCAGAUUAAGAUGGUGUUGAUUUCAAGUUCCAACUAGACUUUUGCUCACCAAGAGGCAAUAAAUCAGGUACAUGCCAUAAUGUGACAUGUCUUUGGUUGGUCCUAAUUAAAGGGACUAUGUGGAGUGUUCUUGGGUUUUGGAUUUUACUUUUUGGCUCAGCACCAAUGUACUUUUUCUUAACUCAUACAGAAUAGUCACCAAGGAACCUGUUUUUUACUUCACCUGAUCCAGAAACGAACUCCUGAUGCUUCAUUUCCUCUUAAAAGCUGCACAUUCACAGCUGUGCACUUUUCUUUACCUCCUGUUCCCCAGGAGUUCCACGCAGCAGCAGCAGAAUGGGGAGACAAAGAGAGAGAUAGAAAACACAGCAAGUGAUGUAAUCUUAAACAGCAAAACCAAUCAACCACACAGGAGAGAGGCUUUGGCGCAAGGACAGAACAGCAGCAGCUUGUGUAAAGUAGCAGAAGGAAUGGGAAGCAGCACUCAAGGUUGCCAUUGAAGCUAAUGGAGACAGACAGACAGUGGUGGUUCACAUGAAAUGCUGGCGAUUACAAACCUUCCUAUUUUGACCAAUUUAUUUGGGGCAAUUUCCCAUUUUUUAGUUCCUUGCCGUGGAACUUGGCUGUGCAUACAGCAGAGGCAGGUGCACUUUACUCCUAAAGAACUAGCACUAGUUAACCCACAUAGGAAGCCAGAAACACUAAGAGUUAGAAAAAAUCUUAAGUCAAAAUUGCCUUUAUAAAUGUUGAUUUGGCAGCUUAUCCAGCAAAUAUGAAUCUUUUGUAUGAAAAUCAAAUCCAGCUUUAAACUGGGUAGAAGAAUUUGACCCUCAAAUCUAGCCUUGCACCUGAUAGUUGUUGUAGUUUUGGGAUAGAUGAAUUGCAUACCAGAAAAGUAAUCUUAUGAAUUCAAAAUACAGAGUGUCAGAUUUCUAAUACCAUGUUCAGUACUGCUGAGUUCACUUUCAGUGCCUUUAGGCGAGCAAAUGUAGUUUGUCAAAGUGUCUUCACUCCCCUGUAGAUAUCCACCCCUUAUUCAAAGCAUUUGUGUCAACCACUUUGUUAUAGCAUG